AGUCAGCAGAGCAGAACAUCAGCAUCAAGGGAUUAUUAAGGUGCCGGGGACAUAACUCCAACAUGUAAUAUCUUGAACUCGUGAUGCCUGAUUAUGGUGAUGAUAUGUUGACAAGUUCCCGCAUCACUGAAGACUAAGCUUCUUUCUCUUUCCCUAAGAAUCAGACUAAUAGUCAGUAGAUGCAAUCUUUCUGGUCACAAUGGUGAUGAUUUGGUUGACAAACUCCCGCAGAGACCGAGCUUCUUUCAAAGGACUCCCUGUUAAUUUGUUCCCUAAUUAUCACGAUGCAAAAGGUCAAGCAAGGAAAGAAGAAACUUAUUACUCCUCCUUCAAAACCUCCUCGCGUAGGCGACAACUCUUGACUGCAACACAUCGAGAGGCAUUCGAUGAUUCGGGAACAUCCAAGAUCCGUGAACAGAAUGAUUCUCAGGGUCUACCUAAAUCAAGUGAUUUUGAUGAAACUCCAGACGAAGACCAAUCAAUUACAUCUGGUAGAAGAGGUAAUGAUGAUGAUGAUGUUCAAGGAACUCCGGGUGGUGGAGGAGAUAAUGAUGAUGAUGAUAAUCAAGACAUCCCACCUGCUAGAGGAGGUAAUGAUGAUGGGAAUAAUGAUAGACAAGGUGAAAUCGUUGAAGAGGAUAAAGAAGAUGAAAAAGAAGAAGGUAAUGGUCAAGAAACAUGGGUUUGGGUUGAAAAACAACCUAAGGCUGCAACAACAACCGUAAAAAAGAAGGUUGUCAAUAAACAUAUUGAUUCCCACGUGCCUCCCUCUCACUUGAAGAAUCAAUAGAAAGAUAGUGAGUCCCU